UUCACUUCAUACACCAGAUACGAAGUCCUAACAUACACGAUGUCCAUCUCCGCGAAGCGCGAUACGGGGAGCGCGGUGACACUCAUGCUAUGCGCAUGCGCAGCCCUCGUCGCCGUCACCUCCGUCGACGCCUCAAAGAAAGCCGAAUUGGCGCCCGCGCCGUUCGUGAUGGGCUCGCGAUACGGCCGCUCCCCGCCGCGCCUCCUCUCGCCCCGCAACGACAGAUUCUUCAUGGGCAGCCGCUACGGCAAGCGAUCGGAACCGUUGUCGACGUUAGUGGGGCAAGGCCCGCGCUCGCCUGCGACUGCGACCAGCGCACCGCUCGUCUGCGACUAUACCGGUAUCAGCACACUCUUCCACUGCCGACCUGCGCCACACAGUUUCUUCGGCUACAGAAGUAUGAAUGAAGACCAACUCAGUUCGGAAGAAGACUAGAGGUCCACCUGCACGACUCCUCACGCCCCGCAACUGCCACAUUUUAGCGUGACCAAUUAAAUUCAAACAUGAGCGCUGCGCACCACUAAACACAUUUUAUUGAUAUCUUUGAUAUAGUAAAACAUCACAUAACUUUGUAAAUGCUUAUACCUUUAGUGGCCAACGCCAUGUUUCCUUUUAUCCUGUUCUGUUGCUACAGUUUAUUGUAGUUGCAUAGGAAAAUAAACUCAUUGCAAGAAAUUAUGUAUUGAAACUUUGAAAAUGUAGUGAACAUCCAUUCCAAAAACGCAAAACAUCAUAAUUAUUGUCAGUAGUUCAAAUAGACAAGUUAUUACAAUCAAGCAAGAUGUAAUAGAGUGGUGUGCAGGGUAGUAAUGUCACAAUAUCUCUUUCUCUCUCUCUCUGACGCAUUAUGUCGCUCAGUUUCAUUCUAACCCGACUCUUAAGGUGACGGAGGACUAGAUAGGAGGUUACGUAUUAAUGUUAUUAGAGGUAAUGUGGAAUGCGACGGCCUUACGGGCGAUGACCUGCAAGUUUAAGAUGAUCUGUAAUACCAUUUGAGCCGUCUCACUGCUCGGCGCGGACGACGCUGAAGAGGAAUAUUUUGUGUUCUUCGUAGAGGGCAUUCAAUCACAAAACGAUAUGUUGUACUGCACACAACUGCAGUAACGCCGUGAGUCUAUGCAGUGUUGGCUGUUCAACGCAUAAAGAGAGUGCGUCAUUCGUCUGUGCGGCGGUGGCGGCCGCGGCGAGUCGCGGCUGGGGGCGCGCCGCGGCCAAAUGCUGGCUGGCUUCAUACAAAACUUACAAUACAACACAUUCGUACAUAAAAACAAAGAAAAUGCCCAUUACCAUAUUGGCCAUUUACAUUAAACUUUUAGUAUUUUAAUCAAUUAUUUUUUUGAAAUAAGUUGUAGCUAUCAUGUUUUACCUUUGAGCAACGAGUAGCAACUAUACAAGUCUGUGUUUCAGCCUGUCUGCGGCCAGCCAGCCGGUGACAGCUAGUUCGUAAUUAAUAGAGUAAGUAAAUUUUAAAAAUGUUGACUGCAAAAUGUAAUUCGACGAACGAUAUCACA